CCACUUUAUCGAUAUUUACAAAAGUAAAUUGAUUUUCCAACCCAAAAAGAACACCAAAAUAUUUUCUCUACCCGUAUAUUCCAAACUAUCCCGAUGGCCUGGCACAGCAAACUCACCGGAUCUCCCGCCCAUACUCCAGUCAACCAGGAGCAGCAAAACCAGUCAUCGGAUGGCAAGAGCAAUGACGGCCACCAUCGGCACGGCACGCCACUGCUGGACCACUUUCAUCACCACCAAAACCACUCAAAGCAGCAGCGGCAGCAGGAACUGCUGCGGGAUGACCGCGGCGUCAUCUAUACCCUGGCCUCAGACUUUGUCCACCCUAACAUGGUCGACAAGCAUGACAUCACAGGCCCCUUGUCAGCCAAGCCCAUGGGCGACAUCGAUCUGACGGCCAACGACUGGGUUGUAAGGAAUGGCACUCCGUCGCGCGAGGACAUCCACCUCAUAAAGAAACACGCAAAGCAAACUGCGCACGCACUGGGGACCAGCUCAAAGAAAUUUAUCAGCGACAUCCAAAAUCCAUCCGCUUGAAUAUUAAAAGCAAAUGGCAAGCCAACCUUUCCAUCUAUAUUUUUCUUCUCUUGCCUCUACUCCCACCUCCUGUACUUUUGUAUGUCUAUCCUAUCACUCUAUUUUUUUCGUUUUUAAUUGUUGCUGUGAUUCAUUUAAAUAGAAAAUGAAAAGAAAAAAUAUACAUCGAAAUAGAAAAAAGGGGGAAAAGGAUAUAC